AUAUCAAGUCUAUAUUAUACAAAACAAGUAUGAGUGGCUCACUAGAACAAACCUCACUAGAACUGGGAGAAGAUAUUCAGCCUCAGAAGCGUCUAUUGAGUUUCCUAUUCAGGAAUAAGCUGAUACCAAUACCUACUGAUGAGGAAAGAAAACCAUAUCCUUUCCAAGAUGCUAAUAUCAUUAACAGGGCCUUAUUCUACUGGGCUACUCCAGUCAUGAAUGUUGGUUAUAGAAGAACUUUACAGCCUAAUGAUUUGUUCUAUUUACCAGAAAAUAUGAAAAUCGAAUAUAAUACAAGUCUAUUUAAUGAAAAUUUAGCUGCUGAAUUAGAAUAUAGUCAUGUUAAACAUAUACAGAAGAAAUGUAGAGAAAGAAAUGAAACUAUUGCUACUUCAUCGGUAUCGGAAGAAGAAGAUUUGAAGGAUUUUAAAAUGACGGCAUUUAAUAUCUUGUUUGCUUUAUGUGUAACUUUUAGAAGUGAUGUGUUAUAUACAUUAAUGUUUGCGGUUAUUUCAACUACUGCUAUGGCUUGUCUGCCGUUUGUAACUAAAAGUUUAAUCUCGUAUGUUGAAGAUCGAGGUCUUGGAUCAGACAUUCAUGCUGGUAAAGGUGUUGGAUUAGCUAUCGGUGUAACCGUAAUGGCAUUGAUGGGAGGUACAAAUCUUGCUUAUUUACAAUUCGUAGCUCAAUCGUGUGGUACUAAAGUUAAGUCCAUUCUUACAGCAUUGAUUCUUGAAAAGUCGUUCAUAUUGACUGCUGAAUCGAGACAUAAAUUCCCUGCUUCCAAAAUUACUUCACUUAUGAGUACAGACUUGUCAAGAGUUGAACGUGCUUUUGUACUCACUCCACUCUUAUCAGCCUUACCCAUUCCUAUGGUGAUAAGUAUUGCUUUAUUAGUAGUUAAUAUCGGAGUUGCUGGUGUUAUUGGGGUAGUUAUUUUUUUAGCAUUUUUAUUUGCAAUAACUUUCUCAACCACCCAGUUAUAUAAAUAUAGAAAAAUUGUCAGUUCAAUGACUGAUGAAAGAGUUAGACUUAUUCGUGAAAUUUUGAAUAAUUUAAAGGUUAUCAAAUUCUAUUCAUGGGAAGUUCCUUAUUUAUCAAGUGUUGUUAGAGCUCGAUCAAAGGAAAUAUCUAUAAUCAUGAGAAUUCAAAGUUUAAGAAAUGUUAUCGAUGCUGUAUCUAUGAGUUUAACUAAUGUUACUGCUAUGAUUUCAUUCUUGGCCCUUUAUGGAUUAGAAGGCACUGUUAGAAAUGCCGCAUCAAUGUUUUCUUCGGUUACUUCGUUCGAUGUUUUAUCUAUGGUUAUUUAUAUGAUUCCUGUUGGAUUAUCCACCUCAGCCGAUUUGCUUAAUGGAUUGAAGAGAAUUGCCGACUUUUUAUCUGCUCCUGAACUUGAAGUCAAUGAACGAUACAUAAAGAUAUCUGAUAAAACUAAUCCAAAUUCUCUUGAAAUUAAAAAUGCCAAAUUUAAUUGGGAAGUAUUUGAAGAUGAAGAAGUGGUUGAAAAGCCCCCUAAGAAGUCCAAAAAUAUAUUUAAGAGAUCCAAGAAGAAUCUGGAAGAAUCCCUAGAGAAGCCAUUAGAGAAAUCCCAAAGCAUAGAUAAUAAGAGUUUCCCUGGUUUAUUAGAUAUAAACUUAAUUAUUAAGAAGGGAGAAUUUGUAGUUAUCACUGGAUCCAUUGGAUCAGGUAAAUCGUCAUUAUUAAGUGCAAUUGGUGGUACUAUGAAUAUUGAAGAAGGUACAAUUGAAAUCAAUGGAACUUUGACCAAUUGUGGAGCACCUUGGAUCUUAAAUGCCACCAUCAAGGAUAACAUUCUCUUUGGUACGCCAUAUGAUAAACAAAGAUACGAUUCAGUUAUUUAUGCAUGUGCAUUACAAAAUGAUCUCGAUAAUUUAGAAGGUGGAGAUAUGACUGAAGUUGGUGAGAAGGGGAUCACAUUAUCAGGCGGUCAAAAGGCUAGAAUUAAUUUAGCCAGAGCUGUUUAUGCCGAUAAUGAUAUUAUUCUAAUGGAUGAUGUUUUAAGUGCCGUUGAUGCUAGAGUCGGUAAACAUGUGGUUAAUAGUUGUUUAUUAGAUUUGCUUAAGGAUAAAACAAGAGUCUUGGCUACCCAUCAGUUAUCAUUAAUUGGGUCUGCUGAUCGUAUUAUUUAUUUGAAUGGAGAUGGUACUAUUGAAGUAGGCAAACGAGAUGAGUUAAGUCUUCGUAGUGCUGGAUUUAGAAAAUUGAUGGCAUUCAGUACUGCGGAAAAGAAUGACGAAGAAGAAGAAGUUAUUCCAGUUGAAGAAGAAAUAGAUGUUUCUGAUCAACUAAUUGAAAGAUUUGUGGGUUCUAAAUCAAGUGAUCCUAAUUCUCAAAUGACUCAACGUAGAAAUGGGAUAUCGGUUAAGAAUAUCAAAGAAGAUGCCGAAGAAAACUAUAAAGAUGUUACGAUGGGAAAAGAUGCAUCUAAGGGUAAAUUAAUUAAAAAAGAAGAAAGAGCUGUUAAUCGGAUUAAAAAUGAAGUUUAUUAUAACCUUAUUAAAUUUGGAUCAGGUAAAAUUAAUCCUUAUAUCAUAGCCUUUGCCAUUAUUUUAUUACUUACACUUGCUAUUUUCUCAAAUAUUUUCAGUAAUACUUGGUUAUCAUUCUGGAUUUCAAGAAAAUUCACUGAUAAGCCUGAUUCCUUCUAUGUUGGAAUUUAUAUUUUAUUAAAUCUUAUUGGUGUGGUAUUCCUUACUGGUUUAUUUACUUUAUUAGCUACUGUUACUACCACUUCCUCAAAGAAUAUGAUUUUAUUGGCAAUUAAUAAAGUUUUACAUACUCCAAUGUCAUAUUUAGAUGUGACACCAAUGGGUAGAAUUCUUAAUAGAUUUACCAAAGAUACGGACGUUUUGGAUAAUGAAAUUGUGGAGAAUUUGAAGCUGGUAUUAUAUAUUGGAGGAGAAAUUGUUGGUAUUUUAAUCCUUUUAAUUAUUUAUUUACCAUGGUUUGCAUUGGCUAUACCUGUUAUAGCGGUCAUUUUUAUUGCUAUUGCUCUGUAUUAUCAAGCAUCUAAUCGUGAAAUUAAAAGAUUAGAAGCAGUUCAAAGAUCUUUUGUUUAUGAUAAUUUCAAUGAAACUUUGACUGGUAUGGCUACAAUCAAAGCAUAUGGUAAACAAAAGAUGUUUAUCGACAGACAAAAUAAAUACAUGAAUUCGACUAAUGAGGCAUCCUUUUUAGUUUUCGCUACUCAAAGAUGGUUGGCUGUACAUUUAGAGAUUUUGGCAGAUCUUAUUAUCUUUAUUGUAUCACUCUUUUGUGUUCGUCAAGUUUUUAAAAUCAGUCCGGCUGCUGCUGGUUUAUUAGUUUCUUAUUCUUUACUGAUUGCUGGAGCUUUGGCACAAGUUAUUCGUACAUUUGCCAUGUUUGAAAAUGAUAUGAAUUCGACCGAAAGAGUCUGUCAUUAUGCUUUGAAAUUAGAACAAGAAGCUCCUUACACUAUUGAAGAUAAGAAACCAAAAUCCGAUUGGCCACAACAUGGUGGUAUCAAAUUUGAUAAUGUAUCUAUGAACUAUAGAUCUGGUUUACCUUUAGUUUUAAAACAAUUGGCGUUUGAUGUUAAACCAGGCGAAAAGAUUGGUAUUUGUGGUAGAACAGGAGCUGGUAAGUCAUCUAUCAUGACUGUUUUAUACAGAAUUUGUGAAUUAGAAAGCGGUAAGAUUCUUAUUGAUGAUGUAGAUAUUUCGUCUAUUGGAUUAAAUGAUUUACGUUCAAAGUUAUCAAUCAUUCCUCAGGACCCAGUUCUAUUUAAUGGUACUAUUAGAAAUAACUUAGAUCCAUUUGGAGAAAACGAGGACGAUAAAUUAUGGGAUGCAUUAAGAAGAUCGGGGUUGAUUACCAAGGAAGAAUUAAAGAGCAUUGAAAAGAAUGUCAAACCCGACCAAGUUAAUUCUGAAGAUGAUCAGAAGCUUCACAAAUUCCAUUUAGACCAAAUUGUGGAAGAAGAAGGGGCUAAUUUCUCAUUAGGUGAACGUCAAUUGAUUGCGUUUGGUAGGGCGUUAGUUAGAGAUACUAAGAUUUUAAUUUUAGAUGAAGCCACUUCACUGGUUGAUUAUGAAACCGAUAGUAAGAUUCAAAAUACAAUUGCUACUGAAUUCAAGGAUUGUACAAUUUUAUGUAUAGCACAUAGAUUGAAGACAAUCAUUAAUUAUGAUAAAAUUCUCACUAUGCAUAGAGGUGAGCUUGCGGAGUUUGAUACUCCUUGGAAGUUAUUUAAUUUAGAAGGUGGGAUAUUUCAAGAGAUGUGUGAGAAAUCAAGUAUUACUGCUGAAGAUUUCUUACACAAAUAUUAGACAUCUGGGAUUAUUAUAGAAUAAUAUCCUCAAUAUAUGGUAUAUGUUUGGUUACGUUUGUUUAUGUUUAUAUUUAUGUUAAUGAUUUAGUUUAUAUUAUUCGAGAAUCACGAUAUGCUUAAUAAUUAUCUGUAAAUUUUGCAGCCAUUCGCAGCGGUAAAUAUUUUUUAUGCAUUAAAUUCGAUAAUUAAUUAAUUAAUAAGGGAGCUGUGCAAUCACAGGGAGAGAAGAUCUCUAAAAAUACUAAUGGGAUUAACAGCGAAGACUAAUAUACACCUUGCACUU